CGGUAAUGAACAGGGAGAUACAUGUACGUGCGCGACCUCCGACCCCUACUCUCAGUGGAAUAUCAUCGUCAGAACUUUCUUCGUUUCUUACUUGAAAAUGCUUUUAUUUUGUCCAACCUGCGCCAACUUGCUGGUCGCGGAAGAGGGUGAAAAAUGUUACAGAUUCGGCUGUCAAACCUGUCCAUACAUAUACAACAUCACACAUAAGAUUUCGUUUAAGAAGUACCCAAAGCUGAAGGAAGUGGACGAUGUGCUCGGAGGACCUGAGGCCUGGGCAAACGUCGACUCCACGGAAGAAAAGUGCCCCAAGUGUGAACAUCCCCGUGCUUACUUCAUGCAGAUCCAGACCAGAUCAGCUGAUGAACCAAUGACCACAUUUUACAAGUGUUGUAGCUCAGAAUGUGGUCAUCGAUGGAAAGACUGAAAGAUAUAGUUUUGUACUGAACAUUUAUCUACGAGAACUUUGUUGCUGUUAUUAUUAGUGUUAAGGAGCCUGAUUGGCUUGUGCCCUUUCCUUUUACGAAUGAGGGAGCUGUUGAGCACACACUUGCUCGAUCAGGAAAGUUAUACACAAUAUACAGUACCUUUAGCACAAACUUACCCAGGAAAGUUAUGUGGUAUGGCCCUAUCUAUUUAUACAGGUCGGAGUGAAAGUCAUUUUAGUUGUUUCUUCUUCUUCUUCUUCCGUUAAUGUCCAUCGGCCGAAUUGUCGGCCAUUAUUGACAUGAUUAACGGGUCAGAGGUCACCGUUGGGGGGUGUCUAGUCGAUGUUUGACAACUGCGAGACAAAUGCAGACAGGGAGUUUGACUGUAUAACCUCCUCGGGUAGGGAGUUCCAGUCGCAUAUGGUGCGGGGAAGGAAUGAGUACUGUCUGUAGUUUGUACGACAUGGGAGUUGUUGGUACUGUUGGCUGUGGCCUCUGCGGCGUCUAGUGCUGUUACCAGGAAGGAGCUUCAAGGCUUCACAGCUUACACAUGCUAGGCCCUGCGUGAUCUUGUACAGCAUGGUAAGUCUGUUUGUCCCUACUUCUUCCAAGUACUAGUAACUUGUUGAUAACAAAAUUGUUGCCUGCUCAAAAAGUAUACGUACCAUAAUGAGUGCAAUUACAACAUACCAGAACACUA